CACACACAUAGACACAAUGGCCGGGAGUGGCCGAGGAAAGGGCUUCCUCUGUGGAGAUUGCAAUCUGGGCCCUGGGCCCUGGGUUCCCGCCCCAGGAACACAGGAACGGAGGAUUGGAGACUUAGGUCUGCAUUCCUUGCUCCAAGGGGCAGGUAGGACAGGCUGAAAACAGAAACGGCUUCCAAAAAAGAUAAAGGGGAUGACUCCAGCAGAACGCACCACCCUUUUGAAGAGUUCAGAGGAAGAUGUCAGCCCAGUCCCUUCCUGCAGCAACGCCCCCUGCCCAGAAGCCUUCUCGGAUCAUCCGCCCUCGGCCUCCUUCCCGCCCACGGGGCCCCCACUCCCCAGGGCCUUCUCACAACGGCUCUUCUCCCCUGGCACUUCCCCGCACCGCCAGUGAUGCACCAGCUCCAGUGUGCACCCCCAUUUUCUGGGAGCCCCCAGCCGCAUCCCUCAGGCCUCCUGCCCUUCUGCCUCCAACGGCUUCUAAAACCAGCCUCGACUCCCAGCCUUCCCCAGGCUCCCGUCCCAGCACCCCCAGUCCAAUGUCCAGGCGCUCUGGCUCCCCAGAACCUGCUGUCUGUUCUCCCACCCCCCCACCCAAGCCCUCUGGGUCACCUUGCACACCUCUGCCCCUGCUCCCCGUGGUUGGGGCCCCGAAGCAGGGUGGUCCUGCCUCGGCCCCUGGCACGGUGCGGAGACUGGCAGGCAGGUUUGAAUGGGGGGCUGAAGACGGAGCCCAGGUUGCAGGCUCCCUGGAGCGGGGUCCCCCAGGGGGAGCGGAUGUGAAUGGGGAGAGAAAGGAUGCUGCUGGGAACCUGUCCCAGGAGAAUGGUGCUCCGGAUGCUGUCCUGGCCUGCCCUCCUUGCUGCCCUUGUGUCUGUCACAUCGGCCAGCCUGGUCUGGAGCUCCGAUGGAUGCCUGUGGGCAGCUCUGAGGAUGGCCCCAGAGCCCCCAGCAGGGCCUCCCCACUACGCACCUCCCGCUCACGUCCCAACGCCUCAAGCAUCAGUCACCCUGCGGUCGUCCUCACGUCCUAUCGUUCCACUGCUGAGCGCAAACUUCUGCCACCCCUCAAACCCCCCAAGCCAACUAGGGUCAGACAGGAUGCUAUUGUUUCUGGGGAACCCCCACAGCCAGAUCUUGAUUUGCCUUCUGAAGAUGGAAUCCAACAAGGGGACAGCCCUGAUGAUGCUCCUCAGAACCAGAACCCUUUUCCUGCAGCCACGGAGGGAAGGGAUGAGGAGGGGGUGGAGGGGCUGAAGGAGCAGAACUGGGAGCUGCCCCUGCAGGACGAACCUCUAUACCAGACCUACCGAGCGGCCGUACUGUCAGAGGAGCUAUGGGGAGUUAGUGAGGAUGGGGGCCUCUCUCCAGCAAAUCCUGGGGAAGCUCCUGCCUUCACACGACCCCCUGGCCCUCGAAACACCCUGUGGCAGGAGCUUCCAGCUGUGCAAGCCAGCGGCCUCCUGGAGACCCUCAGCCCCCAGGAGAGACGCAUGCAAGAGAGCCUAUUUGAGGUGGUGACGUCUGAGGCCUCCUACCUGCGCUCCCUGAGGCUGCUGACGGACACCUUCGUGCUGAGCCGGGCGCUCCGAGACACGCUCACCCCGAGGGAUCACCACACACUCUUCUCCAACGUGCAGCGAGUCCAGGGAGUCAGUGAGCGGUUUCUAGGAACAUUACUGUCCCGGGUGCGUUCUUCCCCCCACAUCAGCGACCUGUGUGACGUGGUGCAUGCCCAUGCAGUGGGCCCCUUCUCUGUGUACGUGGAUUAUGUACGGAACCAGCAGUAUCAGGAGGAGACCUACAGCCGCCUUAUGGACACAAAUGUGCGCUUCUCCGCGGAGCUCCGGCGGCUGCAGAGCCUCCCCAAGUGUGAGCGGCUGCCACUACCCUCCUUCCUGCUGCUGCCCUUCCAGCGCAUCACCCGCCUCCGCAUGCUGCUGCAGAAUAUCCUGCGCCAGACCGAGGAGGGAUCCAGCCGCCAGGAAAAUGCCCAGAAGGCCUUGGGUGCUGUCAGCAAGAUCAUUGAGCGCUGCAGCGCUGAGGUAGGGCGCAUGAAGCAGACUGAAGAGCUGAUCCGUCUCACCCAAAGGCUGCGCUUCCACAAAGUCAAGGCUCUGCCGCUGGUCUCCUGGUCAAGGCGCCUGGAGUUGCAGGGAGAGCUGACCGAGUUAGGGUGCCGGAGGGGGGGCGUGCUCUUCACCUCCCGCCCCCGCUUCACUCCCCUCUGCCUGCUGCUCUUUAGUGACCUGCUGCUCAUCACUCAGCCCAAGAGUGGGCAGCGGCUGCAGGUUCUGGACUAUGCCCAUCGCUCCCUGGUGCAGGCCCAGCAGGUUCCAGACCCAUCUGGACCCCCUACAUUCCGCCUCUCCCUUCUCAGCAACCACCAGGGGCGCCCCACCCACCGGCUACUCCAAGCCUCCUCCCUAUCAGACAUGCAGCGCUGGCUGGGAGCCUUCCCUACUCCAGGUCCCCUGCCCUGCUCCCCAGAUACCAUCUAUGAGGACUGUGAGUGUUCCCAGGAACUGUGUCCAGAGCCAUCUACACCUGCCAAGACUGAGGGACCGGGUGUGGAGUCCAGAGCUCCUGCCAAGCAUGUGCGCAAGAGUCCUGAAGGUUGGCUGAAGGGGCUUCCUGGGGCCUUUCCUGCUCAGUUGGUGUGUGAAGUCACAGGGGAACACGAACGGAGGAAGCACCUUCGUCGGCACCAGAGGCUUCUUGAGGCUAUGGAGCCCUCUUCAGGCACCCCCAGUGACCCCCCACCCUAAUGCAGGCUGGGGUGGGGGCUCAGAUUGGGACACUGGCAGCAUGACACCGAGGGAUAGAAACCACCCAUCCAUCCAUUGGAUUCAUUACCAGU